CGAAUGAGACAGAUGGUAACAUGAUAAGGGACAUAAAUGUGUAAUUUUCGUAUUAGGAACAAAUAUGAUGGUGUUAAUCAAAUACCGUCUCCUGUUGGAUUUUUUACAUAAUUUUAUAGGGUUGUCUCUUUCUCGUUUUUAUUACUUAGGGCUUCUGUCUCUGUUAAGCUUGUAGGUAGUCAAUGAUGUAUGAGAAGGAGAUGGAAAUUAAUUAUUUAUAUCGUUUUGGAGUAUUAAAUUGUCCUCCCACUCUAGUUAUAUUUAAGUUUUUUCUACUUUUUAAUUUGCAAUCUGUCUCUUUCACUAAUGUCUACAAAAUGCGUUGUAUUCCCAUUUGUCUAAAUAUUUAUCUUUUAAUAUACUCCAAUAUGCUGUGAGAAUAUGACAGAGAAAAUCGAAGAUUUAUAUGAGAGAGCUAAAGUGUAAGUGAGAUAGUAUGUUCAUAAGAAGGGUUGAAGGAACUCUCCGAGGUUGUCAAUUUUAAUGUGUGCCUACAUAUGAACGAAAUGGAGAAUGAAUGUGUGAGAGAGACAAAAGCAAAUGAGAUAAGAAAGCCAGAGGCGAAUGAAAUGUUGGUCAACCUUUCCAAUAGUCAUCAUCAAUUAAUGAGUAUCCUGUAGGUUUUGCUGCUUUGCUUUGCUUGUAAUGUCUAGCUUGAUUAUUUACGUCAUUCAUCUUGCUAUCUCUCUUUAUUGAUGUGAAAAUUGUUUUUGUAUGCUUUGGCUCGUUUGACAAUUCCUUCUCAAUUUUGAAGAUUUUGGUAAAUUGUAUUUGAAUCUUAUAAGAAUUUUAGAAAUUUGUUUUUUUUUUUUGUUAAAUUCAAUUUUAUCUAAAUCUCAAACACCAAAGACUUGAAUUAUGAGGUAUUUGAAGCCGAUAAGUAAUAAUUACAGAUGAUACUAAGAAUGUGAGUUGAUAAGAUUAAUCAAGCGCCUGCCUUAUCAUAAUUUUGCGUAAACACAAGUUUACAGCAACAUACUUUGAACAGUACGUUGCAGAUAUCUUUAAGAUCUUUGUUAGAGGCAAUAAGUUAGUCAAAAGAGUUAGUCUGACGCAGAGAUAUUCUAAAUUCUUCACAAAAAUAAAAGUAUACUAUAUUUUUAUAUAAUUGAUUAUUUGUUAUCACUUCUAGUCCAAUGGUCUCUUGAGUCUGAUAUACAUUAUAUCGCGUAUAACUGGUUUGAUGACAGAGAUAUGCAAAAUUAUGAGAACGCUACUGAAUUGUAAUAUACUUGUUUACAAGCCUAUUUACGCAUAUUCUCAAUAUCCGGUAUUUAAGCCUAUUGAAGUUGAAGUUUGCAACCGUUAAUAAAAAGAGUUGUAAUGGAGUUUAAAGUAGUAAACUACCACACUUCAAUCAAAUUUCAGUCAAAUUAUCAAAUCUAAUGUAUAUAAUAAUUUCAACUAGGUAUAGUUUAGUUUGAUUCCACUUGGAAUAUUAACUAAAAUGUAAUAUCUGUUAAUUGAUAUUCUAAAGAUUAUCUAGAAUGAGAAUGCUAACAUCAAACAAUUCAGCUAGAUGUUAGACAAUAUAAUGUUGUCGGUGUUGGGGGUCACCAACACAUGCCACGUGGGUCGCUGUUUUGAUAUGAAAUUGGUGCAAGAUGUUGGUUUAUCUGAGUUGGUGGUGGUGUCCGAUUCAUCUAUCCAUUUCAUUCUCUGUCCCAUCGAUGUGGUCGUUAUGACUUGGAUACACACCGCACUGUCGAUCACUUUCAGAGACUCUUGAGCAUUUGGCACAGAAGCAGCACUCAUAUAGCUCUUAGGCGUUGUGCUAGAGGCAACUAGUGCUCAUCGACAUCUUGCAUUUCAUCCUCACCCACUGAAUUGUGCAAAAGACAAAGAAUUGUGGGAAGUUGAUGAAAAAGGACGGAAGUCUAGUGAACAAAUACGAUUAAUUGAGUGGUUGUGUGUCAGUGAUAUCGGUGAUUUUGUGGGGUGUCUGGCUGGAAAAUUCAUACAGUGUGUUUUUGUUUUUCCGCAUUAUAGCAAGUAUGUGGAAGUGAGAAGGAGUAUACUAGGGUGUACUGAAAUUUAAAGACACGUUGCUGUGUGCGACUAAACUAAACACCCGGUCACCGGCUCAGAAGUACAAAUACACAGAAAGAAGUAUUUGUAGAGACAGAGAUAGAUACUGAGAGCAAGUGGCGGAAAUCAUUGGUGCUAUGUGUGAUAGACCGAGAUGGCGCUACUAGUCAGUGUUUCGCAAUCUCGAAACAGUUAGAGGAAGAAGUGGAGAAUGUAUCGUAUUAAAUUGUAAUGUCGUGAGUUGUGUUGUCGUCCUAUUUGUACCCAAAUGGUUGACUAUUGCAUGCUAAACGCGACAGUGCUGAUGGCAAGACGUAUAGACUGCACUCCGUGAUUCACCUGAUUCGAACACUUGGUGCUAUUCUAGUCUUGAAUAGGAUUUGAAAUUCCAAAGAUUUCAAAUUAAGUAUUCAAAGGAUAUUCGAAUCACAGAGCAUUUUGAAUUGAAUCUAUACUACAUACAGUUUUAUAGUGAUUUUGAGUAACCCGAGACUGAAGCGGAAGGAGAACGAGAUAACAGUGUUGUAUAUGUUGAAUGAUAAUCGUGGGAUUUGUUUAUUGGAGAACUUGAGACAAUGACGACAAAAGUCUGAAAGCGUAAAAUUUCUUAGUGAGAAAAAUCAUUAUUGAACCGUUGUAGAACGUUAAGACAAAAAAAAAUUGGGAAGUGAAGGUGAAUACAAAAAGUGUCUUGAGGACCCAGAAGCUGAGUCAGCAAGUGUCAGAUAUUGCAAUCUACACCAUCAACGAGUCAUUAGACAAGACUGAUGUGGUCAUCGUAUUGACUUUCUGACUGAGUUUAUUUUCGACACCCAAGCUAAAAGAAACAACAGAUAAAAAAAAUACCCUAGAACAUCAAUUUAAUGCUCAAGAUUUACGGCUUGAGUGUCUCAGCAGGGGCAAAAAAGUAAAGCAAGACCCAAAAAUAUAGUAUAAUCAAGAUCUGAAAAAGUGAGAGGAAAUUAGAUUAGGAUAAAAAAGAUGAUUUAGACCUAGAGAUUUAAGUUUAUGCCUAAUCGGAAGUUUUAACAGAUUAGAUAACUUACAAUUAAGAAUGGUUAAUUUGGAUAUGGGGAGAAAGUCUUGAACAUCUCUCCUCAGUAACUUCCGUUUUUCUGUGGUCAGACAAAAUAAUAUUCCCCGACUGUUCGCGCAUCGAAAACCGCUGGUAGAAAGAGAGGACAUCACAAGGAGAGAGUGAGAGCAAGAAUAAAACCAAAAAACACCGUCUUCAAGAUUCACAGUUAUGAGUAGAGUCUGAGAGAUGUGAGAAAGUGAGACUCCGAUGCCGGAGGAUGUCACAAGAAAGUGCGUGAAAAGUGAACAAGAAAAAUCCACCAACGGUCUGCGAAAGCCACAAAAUUGGGUGAGAGAAGUGAGGAAACACGUAUAAGAUUCAUGUGGAACGUGAGACAAAGAAUAUAGAUUGGGAGACAGUGUAUGUCGAGGAAAUCAGGAGCUAAUCCACAUAAUUAAAUUAUGCAGCGACGAGCUCUGGCGUCUCAGCAGAACAAAGAUGCUGCUGCGAGCAGGACAGCUGGAUCUGUGGCCAGUUCAGCGGGUGGCGUUUCUGGGGUGCAAAUGAAGAAACCUACUGGGCAAGAGGCCAAAAAGGGGCCUUCAGAUGAUGUCACAAUGUCUGAGGAUGCUAGUUCUGGGGCUUCAUCGACUCCGGGCAGAAGUACUCCCAGUCAAAAAAUGGAAGAAGAUGUAUAUGAAUUCAAAACAACUCCGAAAGACUCUACAUCUGGAGGAAGUUCUUCAGAUGAUGGAGCUGGAAGUGGAAAGGUGGACUUGGGUGGAAAAAGUGGUGCUGGAGAUAAAGUAACUGCUGAAGAGAAAUCAACAACUGAAGAUGUUAGUGGUUCAGCUCCGAAUUCAGGAAAUGUCACAGUGAGCGUCAGCACAGCAUCUGGGGGAGCUUCAACUGCUCAAAAUGUCUCUGGAAUUCAGAAGCGUCCUUACCAAGAUAUGGAAGUUACAGAUGAAGUGGUAGAUGAUGAGACAAAGAGGAAGAAGCGUAAAGAUUCGGAGAAUUUGACAAAGGAAACACCUGCAGGAAAAGCUGGAACACCCGUUAGGAUGCCACAGAGGCAGGAGAAGAGUGCAAAGCCCGUUGGGAGUGCCCCAAAGUCUACAACUCAGCCACAGACAAAACCAACUUCUAGCAUUGAAAGAAAGAGUCCAUGUGCCAGUCCGAAACCACAGGUGCCGCAAGUUGCAACUGGUGGAGCUGGAGUGGCAACUAUUGGACUUUCAGGAAGUAAUCCAACCAAUUUACCUAAUGUUCAGGGAAGUUCUGCAGGGAAACAGUCAGAAAGUGAAUCAGAAAUUGAUGAAUCCACUUCAAAGGCUCAAUCCGGAAUUGGCGGAGGGGACUCUAGUAAUUUUUCAGCUUCUGGCCCAAAAGUUCCACCCCUCAAGAUUGUCAUUCCUCAACAAAAUUCGUCAACUGAUCAAGAAGCUGGUUUGAGGAAUGGUAAGAACGCCUCUGCUAGAAAUCAUCCUGCUCUCCCAUACGUUGUGGCGUCUGGGAAUAACAGCAAUGAGGCCACCAUGGACAAGGAGAGUUCAUCAUCACGCUGCACAAGUCCAGCUGAUGCAUCUGCUUCGGGUGGAGGAAAACCAGCUGCUGGAGAUGACAAGAAACCUUUUGGGGGACAAUCGGGGAAUUCUGGAGCUCUUGCGGGAGCUACAGGAGGUAAUCCUGGGGCGUCAGGAGCACCUUCCGGUAGUGGGGAUGAUAGAGCACAACCAAGGGUACUCAGAAGUUCUCAUCGAACUGGUGGGAAUUCUGGUGGCUCCGGGAGUCAAGCAGCUGAUCGUGGAUCAAAUAAUUCUUCUCCACAAAUGCAGAACAGUGCUUCUCCAUCUCCAGCGCCACCAGUCAAUGCUGGUGCACUGGAAAGUGGAGGAGGGAAUGCGUCAAAUGGAAGUAAUGGAGGAAUUGGCGGAAGUAUUGGUGGAGUUAAUGCAAGUUCAUCAGCCGGAGGGAUUGCUAAUGGAGGAACAAGUAGUCCAACAAAUGCCACAACAUCAGUUUCAGGGAGUGCCUCUGAGACUGAUGGUGGUGGAAAUGCUCCGAGUCCCUCAUCUGCAACAUCCUCAACAUCUUCAUCCACCGUCCAGUCCCAGAAUACCGUAGAACUCCAUCCGAGAAAACGAAAGAUCCGAGCAAGCAAGGAUGACAACAAAACAGUCACAAAUUCCAAUUCAGGAAAUAUUGUGGGCGGUGGAGCUGCAGCUGGAGAUCAGCAGGAGAGUGUUUCAUCGACAGAAGUUCAUCCACAUGAUCAACCUAUAACCAAUUGUUACCAGAUGUACCUCAACAUUCGGAAACAAAUUGAACGGAGGCAAAAGGGAUUGUUUCUCGUUCAACCAAAACCACCGCAGGGCUUCAAGGAUUAUCUCAUGAAUAGAUGCACAUACGUUCUGGCUGGUAAGACAUCCACGGAACCCACUGUUAACUAUCCGGCCAGCAUUCCCGGAGCCAUGAAGGAAGUGUUUGCGGGGCAGGAGAAGGAGAGGCAUAGGCUCAAGAUGCAACAUGUGGUGGAGAAGGAAAAACUGGUACUUGCCGUUGAACAGGAGAUCCUCAGAGUUCAUGGGAGGGCAGCAAGAGCACUGGCCAAUCAGUCGCUGCCAUUCUCAGUCUGUACAAUCCUAAAAGAUGAGGAAGUUUACAAUAUGCUGACACCGGAACAGGAAGAAAAGGACAGGAAUGCCAGAUCACGCUACAACGGAAGGCUCUUCCUCAGUUGGCUUCAGGACGUCGAUGACAAGUGGGAAAAGAUUAAGGAGGCGAUGUUACUGCGCCAUCACAAUGAAGCUGAGAGUCUCCAUGCUGUCCAGAAGAUGGAAUGGGAGUCGAAGAUGGAAGAGCUUUCUUUGUGCGACUUUAAGGCAAAACCCGUCAUUGAUGACCUUCAUGUGCCCAUGGUUCAUGUCAGCGAUGACUUUGAUCUCCUUCCUCCGUAAGAACUUCCAUCGAGGAUUAUACGUGGAAUGCAAGAUUUGGGCUUGAGUUGGAGGAACUCAUAGUGUUAGUGACUGUAUCGUUAAUUAAGGAUUUUCUAUCCUUUGUCUCUCUUCUAGGUAUUCUAUAGACUUUUUUUUUAAAUAUGUAGUUCCGGGAGAUUUUUUUACCUUAGUUUACUCUGGGUAAAGCUUUAUUAGCCUUUCCUUUUUUAGAUUUCCUGAUCUUCAAGUUUUUUUCUUUUCACAUCUCCCUUGAAAUUUUUUUUAAUGUAAAUAAAUAAAAAGACAAGAUCUUUAAAAAAAA